AUUGUGAAGUUCGGAGCAUUCAGUGUUGAAUUUGUUUAAUUUUAGUGUUAUCGUGUCGCGUACUGGGAGUGGAUGUUUUGUUAAAGAUUAUAUAUAUUGUUUUAAGAUGUAAACAAAUGACGUGUAUGAAAAAACGGUAGACAUGUCGAAAUUUAAUUGUGUGAUUUUGUGUUUAGUGUUGUGUGUUGAGUGUGGAUUGUCAAAUACAUUUAACGAUUUGGUUACAAGUGAACAUGGCAGUGUGCAUUGUAACCACGAGCACCCGAAAGUAGAUGAUGUUAUACGGGGUGUUCAUAUAGAAGCUCCACAUAAAGUUAAGAAGAGAAGUAUCGACCAGCCGUUAAGAAUAAGUAUAUAUUAUGACCACUCUGUAUAUAGAUUAGAACCGGAGAAAUUCGACAUGAUAAAUAAUACAAUAUUACCGGAAGCGGUAAGGUUCUGGGAGGAUGCGUUGAAGGUUAGAAAGACUGCGGGACCAAUUAAGUUAAAUAGAAAAUGUCCGACGCGCCAAGUCUUCAUUAGAAGUGGAAGAUCCCAUUGUAUAGACGCGUGUAGUGCGGAAACCAUGUGCGGAGAAGUUAGGGUACCAGAACGUCAUCUUAAUCCGUGUUACGUUUGCAACAGCACCGGCCAUAAUUGCAGAACGUUGCCGCGUGAGAAAGUCCACUUAGAAGACGAGGUUACAGCGACAGAAAUAUCAGGGAACGCACUGAAUUACGAUCCCGAAGUGACAGAAAAUAUUGCAGAAACAGAGACGGAAGAUUUUGAAGAAGAACCAAUCGGAGUUGAGAACACAGACUUUGUACUGUACGUCAGUGCGGUCGAAACUGAAAGGUGUAGACGUGGCUUAACCGUUGCCUACGCGUCGCACUGUCAACAGGAAUCUGCUUUAGACCGACCAGUAGCCGGUCACGCGAACUUCUGUCCCGGCGAAUUGUCGACCAAAUACCGCGACCUGCCCUCCGUCCUGUCGACUGUCAAGCACGAAAUGCUUCACGCGUUGGGAUUCAGCGUGUCGCUCUUCGGAUUCUAUCGAGACGAAAAUGGCGAACCGCUUACGGAACGCCGUCCAGACACGGGAAACCCACCUUUAGAUGAAGAGCUUCAAAUCCACAAAUGGUCCGACCGCGUUGUCAGAAACAUAACGCGAAAGAACUGGAUGAUAAGAGAAGGUUAUAUUUCUAGAACAUUCCACAUGAUCGUUACCCCGAGGGUAGUUAAAGAGGUACGUGACCAUUUCAACUGUUCAACGCUUGAGGGAGCCGAGUUAGAAGAUCAAGGGGGCGAUGGCACUGCACUGACUCAUUGGGAGAAAAGAGUUUUUGAGAACGAAGCAAUGACUGGCACACACACACAGAACUCUGUGUUCAGUAGGGUAACGUUCGCAAUGAUGGAAGAUACGGGCUGGUAUCGAGCUGACUAUACGCACGCGGCGCCUCUCGACUGGGGCAAGGGCUUGGGCUGUAACUUCGCGAUGACCUCUUGCAAGCAGUGGCUGAACGCGCAAAGGUUUAGACGUAAAAAUCCGGCGCCAUUUUGUGAACGUGUCAAAGGCGAUCCGCUGCGGACGGAGUGUUCUCCGCGUCGCACGGCUGUCGUUCUGUGUAAUCUGGUCCGCCAUGACACUAUACUACCGAGACAAUAUCAGCAUUUCGACAGACUACCAAACGUACCCCCUGGAGACGAAGCUCACUACGGCGGUUCAGUGUCAUUGGCGGACUACUGCCCUUACUUGCAAGAGUUCACUUGGAAACACAAGAGCGUCCUCGUCAGGGGAAGUCGGUGCUCUUACGAGGAAAAUACGCCGAAAGCCGAUGUUAAUUUCGCAUUAGAGAACUACGGGCAGCACUCAAAAUGUUUUGACCACAGUGAUCGGGUUUGGGAGCAAAAGUCAUGCAGACAAAUAAGGGAGUGGCAACACUGGGGUUCGGGCUGCUAUAAAUACAAGUGUGAAAGUGGCCGAAUACAUAUUAUUGUGGGCAAUUACACAUAUACUUGCUAUUUCGCGGGACAAGUGUUGCAAGUGAGGAUUAUCCAAAAAGGCUGGUUACAUCGAGGGGGCGUUGUCUGCCCUCCCUGUAGAGAGAUGUGUGCUCAAGAAUUUGCGUCCCGCAAAGAAUAUUGCAAAGGGGGCGAAGAGGCCCCUCCACCGAAUUUAUACCCGAACGACGUUUUAGCGUGUCACGCGUCUACAAUUGAAACCACCGCCAUUUUGCUCGCAGCCGCCAUUUUAUGUACAUUUUUAAACUUAAUGUGACAGAAUGAAACAUAAAAAAAUGUGUGUUUUAUAGUGAAACAGAGUGAAAGAAAUAAUAUUUAAAUCAAAUAAGGAUCGCAAUGGUUUGGACUUUAAUAUUUAUUUUGGAUUACCAAAUGACACUUCAAAAACAAAACGCGUAACGUAAUGUCAUUACAUUUUGACAUUGACGUUUAUCUGUCAAAAUUAGACAAUGACAUUUGAAAACAGUAAAACUGUUUCGUGUUAUAGUUAAAUUAAAAUAAUAUUGUAGUUUAGUUUAUCAAUUGAAUUGGUUUCUUCGAAAUAUCUUAAACAAAUCGAAAUUAUCGUUGUAAUGCUUUAUUGAACAUAGCGAAUACGACCUUGGUUCGUAAGUGUGGCUAAAAAUUAUUUUAAUUUACACGUGCGUUGUGCAAAUGA